GGCAUGUUAGCUAUCUCAUCCACACUCCCAUUUCUCCGCCCUCCGAAAUGCAUGGACUCCGCAAAUUCUUCGACAUGCCAACCUUCGCCUUUUCAAGUGGCCUUCUUCUACGUAUCUCUCUAUCUCGUAGCCUUUGCUCAAGGCGGCAACAAGUCUUGCGGACUAGCAUUCGGAGCCGACCAAUUCGACCAGAAUGAGCCAAAGGAGUGCGCCUCGCGAGGCUCCUUCUUUAACUGGUGGUACUUUGUCACGUCCACGGGCAUGACCUUUGCGUAUAUCAUACUAAGUUACGUUCAGGAUAACGUUGGUUGGGGCCUUGGCUUUGGAAUCCCCGCUAUUAUUAUGUCCUUCGCUCUUGUUGUCUUCUUGCUCGGGACGAAGACGUAUAGAAUUUAUGUAGUGGAACAAGAGAGCCCCUUUGCCCGAAUAGGCAAGGCGUUCGUGUCGUUGGCGAGGAGUUGGAAAGCAAGCCUUCUUCGACCGAGAGAAGACAAAGAAAGACAACAAGACGAGUCGAGCUAUCAAGUGACGGCGUUAAAUUUCCUUAUGAAGAGAUGAUGCAAAAGCUGAAUCACCUACAACAUUAUCUCUCUAUAAGAAAAAUCUGAUGGCACUUGACGACUCUGAGUGGACUGUAUAGCGACCUAUGAGAAAUU